UCCCACUAGAAUGAUAAGACGACUGGACGCUCUUCGGCAAGACCUGGAGCGCGUCAAGACAGCGUCUGGCAUCGCCUCUCGUAUCGUUUCCCCGGGCUUCACUGUCGCCCUCUUUGCCAGCGUAGUUAACGUCACCGUCGCUCUCCACUGUGCUUCCUCGGGUACCGUGUUGGGCAACGAGUAUCGCAUUUUCUUUGCCGGCUGGGUCCUCCUGCAGAUGGUCAGCCUCACUUGGCCUGUACUGGCGUGGCAAAGAAUCAAGCAUGAGGUCGCAAAGCUGCGAUACGUUGCACAGGACUUUGAGCUGCCCGAUGGUGCCCCAAAAAUUCUAUCGGAACACAUAUUGAUGCUGCUUGACAGCCUUGAAGGUGAUGUUUUCACAAACGCUUUCGGCGGAUUUAUUGCUAUCCAGCCCUCCUUAGUCGCCAGCGUAAGUAGACGUAGUCAUUACGUCGUUGACAUACAGGCCCGAAUUCUUAAACGUUAGUUGUGAAAACUACUUUUCUGUUAGGUCCCCUUAGUUCAAAUGAGAAAUUGUUUACUAGGAGCCGUCAUAGCGAUACCUGGCUUCGGGCUUUGAAUCCUCACAGGGAGGCAGCCCCGGAUAUACGUUGCAUGUUUUUUUUUAACCUUCUCGUCCUGAACGGACACUUUACCUCUCUGCAUGACCCUGUGCUAGCGCUUCACCUACCUGGUGUUAACAGCACAAAACGUAGAAGCGACACGAGACGAGAAUACGACACCACAAGCACUUUUGGUGUCGUCUUUGGU